UCCGUCUAGGGUAGUCGAGUCGGGACAGUCGCCACGAAAAGUCCAGAGCCUCCACUCGAACGUGUACUGUAGCAUCCGGCCACCGUCUGUUGCUGAUCACUGAGCUCAGGGUGGUACACGGUGCUCUUCUCCGUCCUGUUGACGCUGGUGUGGCCAAUAUGGGGCAACUGCCUGUGAUAGUGUUGGUGAUAGCGAUGGUUGUGGGCAGCGAGGCACAAAAUAUUGGAACAAAAUGCCGGAAAGACAAGCGUGAAGGAGUGUGUAUUAAGAUAGAGAGCUGCCCGUCACUGCUUACGCUACUACGACAAAUCCGUUCUGGUUCCGCUCCCUCAGGAUCCCUCAAUGAGUUACGCAGAUCUUUGUGUACAUUUAUAACCGAACCGCUUGUGUGCUGCACUUCCUUCAGUUCAGCCAUCCCUCCUCGUCCAGAUGGGCCGCAGGUCUCUGGUGGUUCUCUACUGCCCUCACAAUGUGGUGUUUCAGCCCUAACUGACAGGAUCAUUGACGGAGAAGAUGCCCCUCUCCUUGCUUGGCCGUGGAUGGUGCUUUUUGCCGGGACAAAGAACAGUGAUGGUGGGUUCAUAUUCUUCUGCGGAGGCGUCCUCAUCAGUGACCGCUACGUCCUGAGUGCUGCUCAUUGCUUCAAGUCUUCAAAUAACAUUAGACAAGUUGUUGCCAGGGUGGGCGAGCACACACUGUCGACAAACCCUGACUGUGAAGGCGGGAGGUGCGCUCCCACCCCACAAGACAUCCCUAUUGAGAGAGUCAUCAACCACCCUGACUAUCAGAGAGGCUGCAGGAGCUGUAACGACAUCGCCCUCAUAAGGCUGUCUAGGCCGGCUGUCCUCGAUGUUCUUUUUGUUGUGCCUAUCUGCUUGCCUCGUAACCCCGUGCAGGAUUUGGGCUUCUCGGUGCAGCAGUACAGGGGAAAGCUAGGCUGGGCUGCAGGUUGGGGCCUCAUCUCUAGAGACUCAAGGCAAUCCCUCAGGCCCGACGUCCUGCAGCAGGUGCAGCUGCCCAUCCAAGACUCUGCGGAUUGUCAGAGAAGGACGAGCUCUAACCCGAACCCUAACUCAGUAUUAUGCGCUGGUGGGGACGGCAGAGACACAUGCAGAGGAGACUCAGGUGGACCUCUGACCCUAGGAAGCACUUUAAAUUCCAGAACCUAUGUGGUGGGUCUUACUAGCCACGGACCUCUUGAAUGUGGAACUCCCAACACCCAGGGCGUCUACACCAGCGUGAACUACUACGUUGAUUGGAUCAUCAGUAACUUGCAGCCGUAACUGUCUCUCUCCCAGCAACACUGACGGCCACUUGACUUCGUCCUAACAAAGCUUCACUGUUGACCUUAUGUUUACAUAAUGAAGGCUCUACAACAUCCAAGACCCAGAUUCACAGUGGUUCGUACAGUGUAUAUUUCUCCUAAGUGAGGAUGUAAGAAUGUACUACCUAAUUGGCUAUCUAAAGUGUCAAAUUUAGCUUGUACAGAGCUCAGGGUGGAGAGGCCGCGCUGUAUUGUUCCAGGCCAGAAUAUUUCGUUGUUUUUGUUGUUGUUUUAUUAAGUUUGAUGCAACGUAAUGCAGGCUGGUACAUUGUCUGAGGACUUGAGGCUACAUAUAUUUAACAAUCUCUCUCUCUCCCUCUCUCUCUCCAAUGAUUGUUUAUUACACCAUAGCUUACAGCCCAGAGAAGAGCAACACACAUAACAUAAAGUAGAUAAGCAGGUGUACACCCACGCAAGUUGACACACCCUACAGUGAGAUUAAGAUCUGACCCAUGAGAGGUCACGGCCACAAAGUACCUGAGUUAACCCGGCGUUAUGAUCGUGUUAAAGAAAUUCACCUGAAGAAGACACACCCGGGUGGAAAUAAUUAGGAAGCUUUACCGACCGGCGACAUGACCACGCAAACACAGCUGUCCAGAUCUAACCAGUUUAGUGUUAAUUAGGAGAGAUCAUCUGCCGGCUCGAGAUCUCCAAUAUAAGGAGCCUGCAGCUUCUUCCACCAGGCUUUACUAUCAGAACAGGGAAGGGGUCUUUAGCUCCUUCCACGAGGCAUUAUUUUUAUAACAGGGAAGGGGCUAACAGCUCCUUCCUAAAGUCAGACAGUGCGAGACAGAACUCAGAGUCAUGCUCGUCACAAGUCGAGGUCGGGAGGGAGACUUCCCUCCCCAGCACCGAGUCUCCAGCUAGCAGUCACCCACAGGAACCAAAGUCCAGUAGCACCUACAGACAUCCCCCAGCCGCUGGGCCUCCCUCAGGUCACACGUGAGUCAUUGUCAGAGCGAUCCAAGGGUAAGUUACCUACGGUGGGAAGUGCGUCCAUUUCAUGUCUGUGUCCGAGAGUCAGUGUCUAGUAACGUAAAUGUAAUGAUCUAUUAAUGUGUCCAUGCCAUUGAGUUAAUUAAUAAACAGCUGUACUUAAAA